UUAGGGCUGAGCAAUUCUCGGUCUAAACCGAAAAACCGAACCGAACCGAUUAAAUUCGGUUUAUCGGUUCGGUUAGUCGGAAAGAUCGGUUUGGUUCGGUUAGUAGAUUUAAAAUUAUUCGGUUUUCGGUUCGGUUCGGUUUAAUCAUGUUAAAUAACCGAUCAAACCGAAAAACCGAACCCAACCCAACCCAGCCCAACCCAACCCAGCCCAACCCAACCCAGCAGGCCAGCACCCCAACCCCCUCCAUACCUUUCGCCGAACCCCUCCAUCCCAUUUUCCACAUUCUCCAAACUCCAAUCUCCCGAUUCCCCCACCCCUAUUCUCCCGAAAGAUGAGGACGACGAAGACUACGAAGACGAUGAUGACUGAUGAGGGGGGCGAGGACGACGAAGACGACGAGGUUCAGGUCUUACAAUCCUCCAGAGGGCCACCGGUUCAGUCGGCGGACGACGACGAGGACGACGAUGAAGAUGACGAUGGUGAAGGCGGAGACGACGAUGACGAUGGUGAAGGCGGAGAUGACGAUGACGAUGACGACGACGACGAGGAGGAAAACGAUGACGAGGGUGAAGACGGUGAAGAAGAGGUAAUAUAUGUCCAAAUUUAUAUAAUUUUCUGCAUAUACUUCAUUUCUCUCAUCUGGGACUGGGUUGCGUUCUCUGUUGGUGCCGGAGAUAUGGGUCCCACUUCAUCGUCCGGUGUCAGUAACAUGCAAGAUCUCAGAUGUUAUAGCGCCUCCUAUGCAUCCUCCGUCUACCCAACACAAUCCCAAGCCCAAACCCAGGUCGGCAACAAUGAUGUUCGGUUCAAAAAGGGCAAGUCUGCAAGUGGGUCUGUUUCUAAGAGCUGGAGUUUCAAUGAUCCGGAGCUGCAACGAAAGAAGCGAGUCGCUAGCUAUAAGGUUUACAGUGUAGAAGGGAAAGUUAAAGGCUCUUUCAGAAAGAGUUUCAGGUGGCUCAAGGACAGGUGAACGCUUCUCUCAUCUGGGACUGGAUUGCGAGGAGUUUCUCUCAUCUGCGACUUCUGGCCAUGGUUUUUAAUAGAAUAUUUAUUAAAUUAUUUUGUUGAAAUUAGAAAUAAAAAAUUAAAAAAAAAUACAGAUUUCAGUUUGAAUCGAACCGAACCGAACCGAACCGAU